AUGCCGGCCAUAAUACCGCCCCUCGAUGAGCAGGAGUAUGCCGACCCUCAGAUGCCUCUUGCGCAUCUGGACAGCGACAACAACAUCAUCUUCUACCACAUGAACUCACCCUUCUUCGAGCCAAACAGUAACAACAGCGCCGUAUACUCGACUGCACAAGGUCACCCCAAUGGCAUGCAACUCCUCAACGAUCGCCCUACGUACGAGGCAGAGCUACGCAAAUACAACUCUGGGCUGCAGUUCAUCGUAGCUGGCGAACCAAAGGCCGAGGGACAGCCCUGGCUCAUACAACGGCAGCAUAAGGUCGAGAACAGAGAGACUGGCAAUCCGGAGACAGUCGUUGAAGGCAAUUAUUAUACGCAGGGAACACGACUUCUCAUGGCACCAAGUCUACUGGAUGUUGUGCAGGCACGCCUGCUGACUGUCUCAACACGAAUGCAGCAGAUGGCCGAGCUGUCCAAGAACAUGUCGCACUGGUCGCCAGCGACUGGCCACACAUACAUGCCACCUUCCUAUGAUUCCGUCAAGGUCGCUACUGCUGGCAGUCGCAUUGGCAGCCCUGCGCUCGCGCCCACAGAUCCUGAUGCGUCCACCUCGCAAUCGCAAACAAAAGACGCCACAGCAGCUAUCGACCCUACCACAUCUACCACUCAGUUUUCAGACGACCUCUUCAUGCAAUCUCUGAACUUGUCACACGCCUAUGGAGACGAGUACAUGGACGAGAACCCGUUGCUGGGCGAACCUGGUGCCUUUGUCUUUACAAACUCGAAGAGCCAUGUCGACGCACGCAACAAAGCCCAGGAGCAGGCCACUCAGGCUUCGCAAGCUUCUCAGCCUACUAUCAAGACCGACACUCAGCCCACAAGCGUGGCGCCGUCAGUCGUAGCAACACCAAAGGGCAUCGCAACGCCUAUGGCUUUGGACGCGCCAAGCAGGAAAAGCAGUUUGGCCGGUCUGCCGAAAGAAGAGAGAAGGAAAAGGAGGAAGAGCAAAGGACUAACAAGCCCUACAACUCCGGCCGGUUCCGCGUCGUAG